UGAUCAUCUGAUUGUUUACUUCGUGCAAAGUCGCAGUUUAUCCGCGCGAAAUUAUUCGUGUUCGUGUUUGUUCGUCCAGAAGCGUUAACAAGUUUCACCAGUUUCCACAGUAUUGAACAAUGUUGGAUAAAACGUUGAUGCUGCCAAAAUUCAGAGGUACCCUGCUGGGCGUCCUGAUUGGCGACUGCUGCGGUGCUCCGUUCGAAGGUCAGCUCAUGGACAGCGGUACUAAAUUGGUCCUGAAGAGGAACCUCGACAGAUUGGAGGGGCCACCGUUUAAAGCUCCCUACAAAAAGUACACGGACGAUACAACGAUGACCAUCGGGGUCGCUAAAGCAUUACUCGACCCGAACGGAUUCUCGCAGAAACAGCUGGCCAAAAACUUCGUCGUCGAUUACUUCAAAGAGCCCAAGCGUGGCUACGGGCCAGCGGUGUUGGAAGUGUUCCGCAAGCUGAGGGGGUCGAAGUUUGCCGAGCCAACGGAUCCGGCAAGCGAACAGUUUGGCGGAACCGGAUCGUUCGGUAACGGUGCCGCGAUGCGAGUUUCACCGGUUGCACUGUAUUGCGCCAACAAGGGCAUCGAUGAGCUGGUUCGGCUGGUGAGGGACACGGCCACGGUUACGCACACGAACGUACUCGGGAUAAACGGUGCCAUCCUGCAGGCGCUAGCCGUACGGCAGAGCCUACUGCUAAAUCCAAGCGAGCCAUUCUCAUGGAAGGCGUUUCUUGCGGAACUGAAGGCACAGAUGGUUGAGGUGGAAAAGGAGAACGAUCCCGAACUGGACGCGAACCACAACGCGUACGAGAACCAGCUGCAAAAUGUAGAGAAACUACUCGAGAAUAAGGUCGAACAAUCGGACGAAAACGUGCUCAAUUUGCUGGGUCACAGUGUGGCGGCCCUGUACUCGGUCCCUACAGCGGUUUACUGUUUCCUGCGCCACACGAAGGAUCUGGCAGCGGACUCGGAUCGCAAAUCGUUUCGGAACACACUGGAAUACUCGAUUUCACUCGGCGGGGACUGUGACACGAUCGGAAGCAUGGCAUGCUCGAUCAGUGGCGCCUACUAUGGCGACUCGGUGAUCUCGGCAUCUUUAGUGCAGCACUGCGAAGCUGCCGAAACCGUUGUCUCGGUUGCCGAGCAACUCCACAACUCUGUUUACUCCCAAUAAAGCAUAUGACCCGUGCCCAUGUAGCAUCGC